AUGAUAUAUAUAAAUAUGUCAUUAUGUGAAAAAUGUACUUCAUUUAUACCGCCUUUGUUUUGGUCCUGUCGUCUGAUUCUGUCUGUGGUAUCAUGUCUGGGAUUUGUUUGCAUGUACUCCCUGCGUUUCAACGUAGUUGUGGCAAUGGCCUGCAUGGUGGAUGAUAUAGAACAAGGACAUUUAGAUGCAGAUGGAGGAACGGGAUCCAUUAUACGUCCUCGAAGGUGCAAAGGAAAAGAGAAUCUUAUCAGUACCGUGGAGAACGUCACUGCCGCCAGUUCGCAAUAUACAUGGGAUAAGAAUAUCCAGACUGCAGUGACGGGGUCAUUUUUCUGGGGAUACUGGUUAACAAUGAUUCCGGGCGGAUGGUAUGGCGGUAAACGAUUUAUUGGAUGGUCGACUUUUGGGUGCGGUAUUGCAACUUUAUUCAUACCGCUGGCAGCACAUAUAAGCUACCGAGCCUUGAUAUUUAUAAGGAUACUAUUGGGAGUGUUUCAGGGAGUGACAUGGCCAGCAAUGUACGUUAUUUGGUCUCAGUGGGCACCGCCACUGGAAAGACAAAAGCUUUUGGCUCUUUGCUUUUCUGGUUCGACUUUUGGAGUUGUUCUGACCUACCCUGCUGUGAGCUUAUUGUGUAACUUUCACGAAGAGGGCUGGACGUAUGCAUUUUAUAUAACAGGUGCGGUGACAAUCAUGUGGUGUUUCCUUUGGCAUUAUUCCGUUUACGACUCGCCCAGCGAACAUCCUCGAAUCUCUAAAGUGGAGAAAAUGUACAUUCACAAUAGUCUCAAAAAAGAAAUGCCAAAAGAGACACACAUCACACCAUGGAUGGAUAUACUGACGUCAUCUGCAGUGUGGGCUUAUAUGACGGCACAUAUGACUCUUACCUUCCAUUUCUUCGCCCUGAUCUCAUUAUCGACCAUCUACUUUCAGGACAUUCACUAUUUCUCAAAGGAAGAGGCUGCCAGAACUGUGGCCCUUUCUUACAUUGGCUUCUUCGCCUGCUGUAACAUCUCCGCAGCUCUCUACGACAUGGCAGUUGCGAGGAAGAUCUGCUCUCGAACCGCCAUCAGGAAGACUGGCAAUUCUAUAGCGUUCCUAGUGCCGGCUGCCUUGUUAAUCUUUGUGGGAUUCUUAGACUGCAAUCAGAGUUCUCUGGCGGUGGUUACCAUGGUGGCAAUAAAUGCUAUCUCUGGAAAUCAGUUUGGAGCCGGAUAUUUUGUGAAUCUGUUGGAAAUAGCGCCACAACACACUGGUGUGAUUUACGGCAUUGCAAAUAUGAUUGCAACAUUUUCAGCGCUUGCGUCCCUCGCUAUGAUAAAGGAAUUGACAUCAAACAGACUGCGCAGCGGAUGGCAGUUGACAUUCCUUGUUUUUUCUGCUGUAUUUGUCUUGUCAUCCGUGAUGUUCAUCAUUUUUGGGUCCGGAGAACUCCAGGAGUGGGCGAAGACACAAGAAGGCAGCAAAACCAGUAUAACAGUCCCGCGAACAAGCAAUGACGACAAAGAUGAAAUUAUUAAAAAAAGUAACUGCUCAGCGUCUGUAUGA